CCUAAAAAUCAUGAAUAGUAUUAUUAGUAUUUGAAUAAUAUUUAAUCACUAAUUUUAUUGUCAUUAAAAUAGUAACUGCUAGUGAAAAUUCCUUUGUUAACUAGUAAAAUGUCCACAGAAAAUUCGCCUAUCAAGCCAUCAAGAUCUCCAAGUGUGAUAGAAUCAUUAGAAGACUUCGAGAGCCAAGACACGUUGCUGAAACACGUAGAUAUAUCAAUUGUGGAGUCUGAGAAGCGUGCAAAUGGCACUCUACAUGUACGAGAUCAUUACACAGUCUAUCUAAUCGAUCUCAAAGUCACUGAUCCUGAUUACAAGUUGGUGCAGUCCAAAAUCAGCACAAUAUGGAGACGAUACACAGAAUUUGAGCAGAUACAUGAUUAUCUUCAAGUCACAUAUCCACAUGUUGUUAUACCACCACUACCUGAAAAAAGGAUUUUGUAUGCUUGGCGCAAAUCGGAUACAACAGAUCCAGAGUUUGUGGAGCGCCGGCGGGCAGGUCUCGAGAACUUCUUAAUGCGAGUUGCUUCCCACCCGAGGCUCUGCUUCGAUGAUCAGUUCAUCAGCUUCCUGCAACAGGAACAUGGGUGGCGAGAAACUAUUACUGACAGUGGUUAUAAAUUACAUGCAGAAAACAAGUUAAAAUCAUUAUCAGUUUCCAUCAGACUGAAGAAGCCUGAUCCUGAAAUAGAGAGUGUAAAAAAUUAUGGUAAACAAUUGGAGACAAGCUUAGGAAAUUUUCUAUAUACUAGAUCAAAAAUAAUAGAGAAAAGCUAUGCUCUAUGUAAACUUCAUGCCAGUUAUGGGAAAUUAUUCAGUGAAUGGAGUGUUAUUGAGAAAGAUAUGGGUGAUGGAUUACAGAAGGCUGGCCAUUACUUCGAUUCAAUAGCAGACAGUAUAGAUUCGCUAGCAGAAGAUGAAGAACAACUGGCUGAUCAACUGAAAGAGUACCUGUUCUAUGCAGCGGCACUGCAGCAGCUGUGCAGUAACCAUGAAGCGCUGCAGCAAGCGCUUGAAAAUGCACACGAUACAUUAAAUAACAGGGUGGCGGAGCGGUCGCGGGCGGCGGCGGGCAAGGGUUCACUGAUGUCGCGUCUGUUCGGGACCACGGAGCCCGACCUCGCGCGGGACGUGGCCACGCGCGCGCUCGACGCCAAGCUCGCCGCCGACACUCACGCCAUACACCACGCGCGAGCCGCGCUACAAGAAUUCAACAAGAAGGCGCUACUUGAAAUUGAACAUUUCCAAAAACAAAAAGACAAAGACCUUCACGAAUCACUAGUCGGAUUCAUCACGUUACAAGUGAAAGCUGCCAAAAAGAACUUGCAAGCGUGGACGCAAAUCAAAGAAUGUCUACAAAACAUGCCCUGAACAUAGCUCGCCCUCGGGCUUUACCAAAUAUCUCUGUAGCUUACUAGAAAACUAGAUUUUAGUACUUUUGUAUCUGUCCCACUUGUAGUUAGGUAGGGAUUAUAAAAACAUUUUACCUUCUUGUUCAUAAAAACUAUAAGUCUAAUAAACCUAUAAUAGCUAUAUGAAACUUUUUGUCUAUUUCUUAUGAGUUUCUUUCCUAUUUUGUGAGAAAAGGAUAAAACGGUUUAAAUUAAAAUGGGUUUGUAUAAGACUAGUUUUUAUCAGUAAGACGGUUUGUCUUUACUAAUGUAAAUUUUGAAGAAAAUAUGUAUAGAGUUUAUUUGUAGGUGAGACAUAAUAUUAGUAACUACUAAAUGAUGAUUAAAUAUUCAUUUUAUUUAAAAUUCUUUAUAGGUAGUAUGAAGUUCAUAAAAUAUAUCAUUUGAAAGAACAAAUCCGUUAAUUAGAAUUAGAACGGUAAUAAAUCUUGUUAUCGUUUAACAUUGAACCCUUUUUCUUUAUACUACAUGUUAUAAAAUUUAAUUUCUUAUAUUUCCUCCGCAAAGGAAAUAUUAUAAAAUAUUCCAUUAAAGCAUGAAAGCUAUGCAUUCCAAUGAGGUACUAUUUCGUCACGCAUUAAAACUGUUCGUGUCUCUCAUUAAGUGACAAAUAUAAUAUAGUUUGUAUUUAAAUGUCAUAGUAUUAUAAAUUAAGAUACCUUUUGUUAUUGAAAUCUAAAAGCCGCCGUAAAUUGACAGAGAAAGUGUCUGGAUAACAGACAACAAAUAAAUCGUACUCACGAAAAAGAAAGAGACGCUAGAUAUUGCUUUCCCGUUCUAUCACCUGCAUAUUUCGUUACAACAACAUAUAUUUAAUAUCAACGAACGAGGUUGUUUGCCACGACUUCUCGGAAGACUAUUUAGAUAUGCUCAUUUU